UGGGUGUUUGGGAUUAUGAGGAAUAGUGGAGAUGGACAAGGGCAAACCAAAACGCAAGGUGGUGGGGUCGCUUCCAAGUCGGCUUGGAGUUCGUUGCGCGCAAUUUCUAGUUACUUAAGGAUUGUUUCUUCCGGGGCUUCCACCGUCGCACGGUCGGCGGUGUCCGUGGCAUCGUCGAUUGUGGAAAGGGAAGAUGAUUCUGGGUAUGAUCAGGUUAAUUGGGCUGGCUUUGACAAGUUAGAAGAUGAGAAAGACAUCAUCCGACAGGUUCUUCUACUUGGUUAUCGAUCUGGUUUCCAGGUUUGGGAUGUUGAAGAAGCAGAUAGUGUUCGAGUCUUGGUUUCAAGACAUGAUGGUCCUGUUUCAUUUAUGCAAAUGCUACCAAAACCAGUAGCAGCGAAGAGAUCAGAGGACAAGUUUGCAAACAGUCUUCCCCUUUUGGUAGUUUGUUCUGAGCACCCCUUCUCUGGGGGUACUAACAAUCAGGAUCAAUCUUGCAAUGGAAGUAUCCCACACAGCAAUGAUUCGGGGAAUGCUAGCACUGUUGCCGCCAUUGUCCGGUUUUAUUCCUUGAGAUCUCAAUCUUAUAUACAUGAGCUAAAGUUUAGAUCAGUUGUUUAUUCUGUAAGGUGCAGUUCUCGAAUUGUUGCUAUAGCUCAAGCAGCUCAGAUCCAUUGUUUUGAUUCCACAACAUUAGAAAAGGAAUUUACAAUUGUUACAAAUCCUAUAGUCACAGCCUGCCCGGGUUCCGGAGCUGUAGGUUAUGGACCUUUGGCAGUUGGUCCUAGGUGGCUGGCAUAUAGUGGAAGUCCAGUUGUAAGUUCCAAUUGUGGACGUGUCAGUCCACAACAUCUUAUGCCUUCUGCAAGUUUCCCUGGUUUUUCUUCAACUGGGAGCCUGGUUGUACACUAUGCAAAAGAAUCCAGCAAGCAACUUGCUGCCGGGAUUGUGACCUUAGGAGACAUGGGAUAUAAGAAAAUAUCGAAAUAUCUGCCAGACUCGUACAGUUCUCAGAAAUCAGGAAAUCCUGGCUGGGAAGGCAAUGGAAAUGUUAAUGGUCAUUUUCUCGAUACUGAUAACAUCGGAAUGGUUAUUGUCAGAGAUAUCGUCAGUAAGGUUAUUAUUGCUCAGUUUAGGGCACACAAGAGCCCUAUUUCAGCAUUAUGCUUUGAUCCCAGUGGGACUCUUCUUGUGACAGCUUCAGUUCAGGGUCAUAAUAUCAACGUUUUCAAGAUUAUGCCUGGAUUUCAAGGAAGCACAUAUGCUUGUGAUGUAUCAGCAUCGUAUUCACAUCUCUAUCGAUUGCAGCGUGGUUUUACAAAUGCUGUAAUACAGGAUAUUAGUUUCAGUGAUGAUAGUAAUUGGAUUAUGAUUAGUUCUUCAAGAGGGACAAGCCAUCUAUUUGCUUUCAAUUCAGUGGAUGGAUCUGUAACUUUUCAGUCCGCCGAUGCUGGUUUUGCUCCUAAAAAUGGCGGUUUGGGUGUUAUGACUAAGCCACAAGUUCACUGGCCUCCUAAUAUAGGAGCACAAACACCUACUCAAACAAGUCUUUGUGCUUCUGGACCUCCAGUGACACUUUCUGUUGUUAGCAGAAUAAGGAACGGAAAUAAUGGUUGGAGAGGCACUGUAAGUGGUGCUGCUGUGGCUGCAACUGGCAGGAUGGGUUCCCUUUCAGGGGCAAUUGCUUCCACUUUCCAUAACUGCAAAGGCAAUAAUCUUUUGUUUGCCGAGAGUAGCUCUUUGAAGACAAAGUAUCACCUCUUGUUUUUCUCUCCUUCUGGAUGUAUGAUACAGUAUGCUUUACGACCAUCUCCUGACCGUGAUCCAACAUCAGUUGUUUCUGGAUUAAACGGAUCAUAUGAAUCAUCUGCAGAAUCUGAUGGGAGGCUAGUAGUUGAGGCAAUACAGAAGUGGAAUAUUUGUCAUAAACAAACCCGAAGAGAACGAGAAGAUAAUAUAGACAUAUAUGGCGAGAAUGGAACAUCAGAAAUUGGUAAAGUGUAUCCUGGAGAUAUCAAAGAGGGAACUACAUUCCUUGACCCGUCCGCUGUUGACAAAGCAAAUACCAACACCGAGGAAAAACAUAAUUUGUAUAUUUCAGAAGCUGAAUUGCAGAUGCAUCAAGCUCAAACACCAUUGUGGGCAAAACCAGAGAUGUACUUUCAAUCAAUGGUGAUUGAUGGCACCAACAUGGCUGAAGAAAAUUCUUUUGUCGGGGAAAUAGAGAUUGAAAUGUUGCCAACUUCCAUGAUUGCAGCACUGAAAAAAAGAUUAGUUCCGGUUUUUGAUUACCGUCAAACUUUUAAGUUCCAGCAAGCAAAGUGUGCUGAAAGCUAUUUAUGGUGACCUGCUUUACUGAUU